AUGAAGGGCGAUUUCGCAAUACGAAAUCGACCACGCCGAUCGAAUGGCGCCGACGCCGUAGCGCCAGCGCCACUCGCUGACGGGCCGCAGGCCGGUGUCGAGAACACAGCCUCGAGUGUCACCACUGACACUUCACUUACCCAUCCGGUUGACAACCGAAACACACGGUUGACUACUGUCCAGAACCGCCGAAAACCACCACAGAUCGUCUGUCAUCUCCCCUCCUCCUCCUCGUAUUCCCUCGAAAACAGCGAAUCGCAGGCGAUCGCUUUAAUUUCAACUUGGAAAGUGACAAGUGUGGCGGUGACACCCACCGCGUCACGGGUGACACUCCGAUGUGUCAUCACUGACAUUUCACUUUCCCAAGUUUGA